AUGCCUGCUCAUUACCGCAGCUUCCGACACAGCCUGCCCUGGCUCAUCCUCUUUCUGGAAGCUCUUUUCAUCGUCCUCUUUUACUUUUUCCCAGGUGAUGGUGCAUCCAGAUCACACAUUUCCUACCCAGCUUUUCAAGAUGUCAACCACAUGGUGAUUUUUGGAUUUGGCUUUUUCCUGAUGUUUCGGAAAAGAUACGGGUUUAGCAGCACUGCAUUCAACCUCCUGGUCAUUGUACUUGGUGUCCAGUGCUCCAUGGUGAUAGAAGGUUUAUUAAUUUUCCUUCUUAAAAUGGCCAACGAAGAUCGUCUGAAAAGAAUAACAAAGGCUGCUGUGAGUAUGACUGCUGUGGUCAUCUCCACUGGAGCUCUUCUUGGCAAGAUUAAUCCUGUACAAUUAAUUCUGAUGACAGUUGUGGAGAUAAUAGUUUUCCAUGUGAGCAGAUGGAUCAACAACACAUUCCUGCAGGUUCCAGAUAAUAUCAGCAUGAUGCAUGUACACCUGUUUGGAGCCUACUUUGGUCUGGCAGUCUCCUCAUGCUUCUCUGAGCCAUCACCAAGGUCUGAGAAGAAUGCGAGUACCCCGAAGUCAGACUUAUUCUCCAUGUUGGGUACUCUCUUUCUCUGGGUAUUCUGGCCAAGCUUCAAUUCUGUACUAGCUGUGAACAAGAGCAAAGCAAUCUACAACACCUACUUCGCCCUCGCAGUCAGUGCUGUAACUGCCUUUGUGUUGUCUGUGCUGACUACAAAGGAUGGAAAAUUCAGCAUGACUCACAUCCACAGUGCAGUACUGGCUGGUGGGGUCACCAUUGGUUAUGCAGCACACAGUAUCGAGUAUCCUUGGAUUGCAAUGAUUUUGGGUCUGCUUGCCAGUGUGAUAGCUGUAUUAGGAUCUUACUGUUUACAGAGAUGCCUGAAUCCUGCUCUCAAGAUUCAUGAUGCCUCUGGAGUUCAUUUCACUUUUGGCUUGCCUGGUGUGCUUGGAGCUCUUGCCCAGGUUGUUCUCUUAGUAAUAAAAAACUGGACUAAUUUACCAAGUCUGGGUUAUUUGGUCAUGAUUAACAUUGCUGCCUUCUGCGUGACCAUCAGUGUUGCCUUGAUAACAGGUUUUAUUACAGGUUUCAUCUUAAACCGCAAAAUCUUUAGGACCAUCCCCGUAUCAAAGUACUUUGAAGACCAGUUUUACUGGGAGUUUCCCCGUUUGGCUGUUGGAUUUUAA